AUGAGCACUCACAGAGGGUACAUUUUCUGCUUGGUGAGGGCGAAAACGAUGCCGACGAUGAAGAUAAGGAGGGUCCUAAGCAUCCUAUCUUCUCAGAAAUGGAGGAACUGUUUUAUGAUGAAAAUGGUCAAGUCCUGGAGUGGAAAGAAACAGCCAGGUGGAUAAAAUACGAAGAGAAUGUAGAUCUUGGGGCUGGUCGAUGGAGUAAGCCUCACGUUGCCGCACUAUCUAUGCACAGUCUAUUUGAGCUCAGGCGAUGUAUAAAAAACGGUUCAAUCCUCCUUGACAUGGACGCAGAGAAUUUAAUAGAAAUCACAAACCUUACAUUGGACAACAUCAUCAACCGUGGUAUGCUGGAGGAGAAGGACCGGGCUGGAGUCCGCGAUGCUAUCCUGCAACGUCACAGACAUCACAAGCAGAAGAAGACGAAAUCAGAGAAACAGACAGACAAGAACAUGGGACGUCGCCGAAGUAGUUUAUACCCUGGUAUCGACAGGACACUGUCAGAGAUUGGACGAACUCCUAGCGGCUCAGGACCAACUAGUAUGGAACAAGGUAAUGCAAUUCCUAACGAAAGAUGUACCAAUUAAUACUUUAAUUUCCCU